UUGAUGUACGUGCAUCAGACAUUGGUUCUGCUGGUGAAGUCCAGGACAAGACACUUCUUGCAUUCUCCCGGAAGAUCAAAGCAGAACAAUACUUCGAGAUUGGCGGAAAGCUGGGUCUCAAUAAGACAGAGCUUGAACACAUACAACACCGGACACUGUCUAACAGGAAAGAUGCUAACAUCCAAAUGCUUUCCAAAUGGAAAGCAUCUCAAACAUCAGGGAAUAAAGCAAUUCAGACGUUAAAAUUGGUUUGGGAGUCUGUCCAAGCAGUACCAAAGGCGGAGAACCAAGAAGACGAAGGUAGUUCUCGUGAUAUAGAACAAACUCCUGUACAAAAGACAGCACCAAGUGAACUUACUUUUGAGCCUGAAGAUAUGGAAAUCAUUAGAACUUCAAAUGUUGAUGCUGUUACGGAAAAACAUGCGGAGUCUCUUCAGGACCUCGACCGACAUGGUGGAGUACCAGCCACAGAAGAACUUUCCCUCGUCGCUUUUCGAGUGAAAAGUCUGCCAUUAGCAUGUUCAUUUGGGAAAGCCCUUCAUCUAAAUGACGACCUCAUUGUUGGAUUCAUCGAUCUACCCAGUUCGUCAGUACUCCAUAAGAUCGCACGACAGCUCGUAGACAGAUGGUGUAAUUGUUUAAAACUGGAAGAAAGAGAAGAGCAAUUCGCUAAGCUCCUCUCGGAGUACAAAAGCCCAGAUUUCAAAACAGGCCGUGAAGAAAUCUCAAAAGCCAUGGAAUCCAAGACAGACCUACUAGAAUUGUGUCAUCGCCUGAAUGUUAAUUCUUCUGGCUUCUUGCAGAUCAUGUGCACAUCUUUGACCUUUCCUUCACACAUCAUUAACCGUAUAGCUGUGAAGAUGCUUAACGAAUGGGUACACCAAGGUGGGACUAGGGAGAGGCUUCUGGAAGUUGCCCAGGCUUUCCGUUUUCACGAUGCAGCAGUCAAGAUAACAGAAGCCAUGGAAUACCAACCAAGCUAUAUUCCUUUCAUCUCACAUGGCAGCAUUGAUCACAAGGGUGGACAACUGACCCUCGGUGAACUUGGCAUUACCGUCUCUAUCCCUGAAGGAGCUAUACCAAAAAGUAUGAGAUCAGUUGUAACCCUUCGAGUCCAAACUCAUGAUACUCAUAGGUUCCCUGUACGGGAGGGUGAGGUAGUCAUUUCUCCAGCCGUAGAGUGUUCUCUCACUCAAGAACUGAUCAAGCCUGCGACGGUGGUAUUACCGCACUGCAUCAAUCACCAUGAACGUAAAGAUGACUCUUCUGUUAUCUUGUACACAAAAACAGGACCAGAAACUUUCGGUCGUAGCAACCUGACUCCGCGCAUAUCACAAAUCUCAAAAAAUGAGAUCAAGUUUCCUACACGUCAUCUUCAGGCCUGGGCUCUGUCAUCAAACGAUCUUCAAGGACUCCAGUUGAAAUGUGUAGUCUUCCAGCCUCUCGUCAUGACUCAUGCAGAGAAACCAACUCUACGUGUGUACAUAGUUCAUCCUUAUAUAAACUAUGUAGAGGAUAUAACGAAUAAGGAAAAGAGUUCGCCUGUACCCUACUGCCAAGUCAUGAAGGAAUUCAGAUUCUCUAUAGAGCUGAGAGCAAGGGACUUAAAGAUUUUGUUUGUUGACGGGACAAAAAGAAACAAAAGAGCGGUAAAUAUGCCUGAAUGA